AUGGUAGACGCAGAACCGGCAGUUUAUCAUGCGGUUAACAUGUUAGCUGCCAUCCAUGAGGACUCAGUAGCCAGCAAAAUGCAGCUGACCGGCACACGCCUGGAUGACCCUCGACAUUUGUUUGCUCUGGAACAGUCGACCCGAUCUUUGGCACUUUUGCGUAAGCGCGGCUGGUCCCACGACCCUCAACUACGGGAGGUUACUUUAAUGUGUUGCCUGCUUUUUACCUUGUCUGAAUUCCUGUUGGGAAAUUAUACCAUUGCCUUCCAACAUCUGCGUGGUGGAAUUCGCAUCCUGAAUGAGGAACAGCAGGUGGAGCCUAGCGGUAAGGAGCAGGAUCUAGUGGAGGCUUUUAGACGAUUAGAUAUUAUGGGCGCGCAUUAUGGGAUAGGGCCGUACAUGACCAGCAACAUGCGUCUCGAGGAACAGGGGAUGUGGAACUGCAUGCCAGAAAAGUUCAAGAACCUCACAGAGGCCCUACAAGCUGUCAGACACGUGAUGGGCAUCGAGGUUCCCUGGGUGACAAAAUGCUGGUCACUCUCCGAGGCCGAAAUCCUAGCCAACUUUGAACAGUUGUGUCAGAAGCAACGGGCAAUCUUGGCAGCGUUUGACGAAUUUGCCGAAAAGUUCGAAAUGUUGUGCCAAAAUAAAUACUCCACACUCAGCCCGAAAGAACAACGAGGAGCGGAUCUCCUUCGACUGCAAUAUCUCUCCCAAACCCUGACUGUCAAGAUCUGUCUGACGCAUGGGCCAGUUCCGGAGUAUUUGACGCCUGAGUUUGUGACCCUCCUUGCCGCCCACAAAGCGUUUAUCCACAAGUCACCCGAGCGGCCCUCGAUAUUCCUGGAUAUUGGCAUCAUUUCCGGGCUGUAUUGUGUAUCGAAUAGAUGUCCAGACCACCGAGUCCGUCUGCAAGCCAUCGAAGUCUUGCAGUCGUGGCCACACUUUCAGGGCAUGAUGAAUUCUAACCUUGUGUCUGCGAUAGCAAUAGUAAGGAUGCAAUCAGAAUCGGGCCAGUGCUGUCAGCAAGAAACAACGCCUAUCUCCUUUGACACGGAACAAAGUCUCACUCGUUUGUUAUUCGAUACAUUGACCUCUACUCAGCAAGCCAGCUGCUGGCCAUCGAUACAAUAUGGUAACGCCCUGCAGGGUACGACGCGGGGUGCGAAGACGGAAAACGGCUUGUUGACAACAGUCCCGCAAUGA